GAUUUUGCGAUCUUAUUGAGAACAGCUAGAUCUAAGAGAGGGGGCAAAAUCCAGAUUCAACUGCACUGAGAAGUGCUCGCAAGUGUACAAGACCGUGCCUUCUAGAAGCUGAGCUUUGAGGGAGUAGCAGGGAGUGAGUGUGUUGGCUAGAAAGAAAUGCAGAGUCUUAGAGGAUAUUUUUGUAUGAGUGGCUUGGUUUUGUUUUUAAGAUGGGGUAGAUGCACAUUUCUGUGCUGAGCAGGAGCCAGUAUAAGGGAAGAGACUGUGUAAGGCCUGUUGCCUUACACAUCGUAAAUAUAUUGUAAAAAUAUUUGUUUAAUGAAUGACUGCUUACUGUUAAAUUUGUCAAUCUUAGUUUCACAGGCAAGCUGUAUGUGUUUUAAGGGCUGCUUGCUCUUUCUGUAUUAUUUUUUUAGCCUCAGAAUAUUCUGCUGACAAGUGAAUCUCCACUGGGUGACAUUAAGAUAGUUGAUUUUGGUCUUUCAAGAAUAAUGAAGAACAGUGAAGAGCUCCGAGAAAUUAUGGGUACUCCUGAAUAUGUGGCUCCCGAGAUUCUUAGUUAUGAUCCCAUCAGCAUGGCGACGGAUAUGUGGAGCAUUGGAGUGCUAACAUAUGUCAUGCUCACUGGAGUGUCACCUUUCUUAGGUGAUAAUAAACAAGAAACAUUCCUAAACAUCUCUCGGAUGAGUUUAAGUUAUUCUGAGGAAGAGUUUGAUGUUGUGUCUGAGUCAGCUGUUGACUUCAUCAAGACACUUUUAGUUAAGAAACCUGAAGAUCGAGCCACAGCCGAAGAAUGUCUAAAACAUCCGUGGUUGACAGAGAGCAGUAUUCAGGAUCCUUCUUUCAAGGUGAAAGGGGCAUUAGAAGAAGCAAAUGCGCUCCAAGAAGGUGAUUCUGUGCCUGAAAUUAAUUCAGAUACUCAGAAACCAGAAACCGAGGAAUCAGUUGUAACAGAGGAGUUAAUUGUAUUUACUUCAUAUACUUUAGGACAAUGCAGACAGUCUGAAAAAGAGAAAAUGGAGCAAAAGGCCAUUUCCAAACGAUUUAAAUUUGAGGAACCUUUGCUACAAGAAAUUCCAGGAGAAUUUAUCUACUGAGCAGUACUUCCCUUUAGAACUUUAAGAUUUCUACAUUGAAACCAUUAUUAUUAUUUAUGGACUUCUGGCCAAAUGGUACAUGUACUGAAAGUGGAUAAACCAGGUAUCACUGAUAGAAACUCAAAUAACUUUGUCAAACUUGUGGAGUUAGAUAUAUCAAGACAGAUUUAUAAAGCUGCCAACCAGGAGUUUUAACGGGUAAAGUUUUAUCUGUGUCAAUGUUAUUUUUUUAAGAAGGGAGAUGUUUGAAUCUUUUGUUUCUAAAUCUUGUUUCUCCAGAAUGAGAAUUUGUUAUGCAAAGAUACCUGUAUUUACUUUCUUUAAAAAUCCAAGUAAAAGUGCCAAAUUAACAUCUUUGUAAAUCUAUUUUGCAGUAUUCAUGUGUAUCUGUAUCUGCAUAUUUGUAUGUUGAUAUCUUUGCUAAAAUUGAUACCUUUUUACUUUGGAUUUUUUGAGGGGAGUAAGCUUUUUAAUUAGGUAUCUUCCAAAUUUUGAGUCCUAGAAUAACAUCCACUAGAGUUUGAUAAUGUCUUAUUUUUAUAUUUUAUUACUGCUUUAUAUUGACUUGAUUUGACUUCUGUUGUCCUUGUUUUUGCCUAAUGCUUGUAACCUAUCAGUGAAAAGCCCUGGCUAAUUUCUUUUUUCUUCAGUGUCACUAAUAAGAGUGGUGUUGAUUUUUCACCUCAAACUAUUCUGGUUUUAAGGUCAAAGUUAACCAAAGUGCUGACCUCUCGCCGUUUCCCUCAGCACGCCUUACCCGUCUGCGCGCUCUCAGGAGACGGACCCAUGCCACCUUCUCACGUGCUUGUCACCUAAUUUUGGUCACUUGCAAGUGUCAGUGUGAUCUGAUCAACACGGUGGUUGCUUUGGUCAGUGAAGGACGCUGUUGCAUUGUUUUUGUUAAUAAAAUCCCCCAGAGAGGGUAAGAGGUGGAGCAUCUUCGUCCUAGCCAUUGAGCCUCCACUUCUGUGGAGUUUAUGUGCCCUCAGACUAUACUGGGAAACGUUAUAAAAAGCCACAAUAUUUAUAAACUUUGUUUUGUUCAUAAAAAAUUGGACCUUGGAUACUUUGUCAUCAGGGGAGCAGCCAUGUUCCCAGAAGACUUAUAAGAAUUUAAGUUGAUUAGGAUGUAUGUAGGCCCCACAGUGAACAAUACAUUCCUAUUAAACAAUGGAAACGUACAAGUGUACGCCGUGUAACUUAAACAACUAAAUAUCCUUCUCACACAAAAA